UGUAAUUUUUAUGAAGAUAGUUUGAAAUAUCAAAAAAAUGAUUGAUUGAUACAUAUUAAUUUAUUGAUAUACUCAGUUCAAUCAAUCAAUUGUCAUAAGUAAUUUAAUCACUUUUGCCUUCGUAAUAUUCUUUAUGAAUGAAAAUGGUGCAAUAUUUCAAGGGAGAUGUAAAUUUUACUUACGAAAUGUAUACAAGCAUAAGCUCUGUCCUAAAUCAAAAUUGAAAAAGCAAUAUUUCAAGUGUAUUGAAUACCAGCCUUCAAAAAUGUUAUAACGAUGGGUUCUCGUCUAUAUAAAGUAAAGUGUAGUUUCUUACAUAGUUAAAGGUACUUAUCAUGAACCUAGACUCAGAAAACCGAGUGGUGUUAAAUGUUGGUGGCAUACGUCACGAGACUUACAAGGCCACUCUCAAGAAGAUACCAGCCACCAGGUUAUCCAGACUUACCGAAGCUCUAGCCAAUUACGAUCCUGUCCUAAACGAAUACUUCUUCGACCGUCACCCUGGUGUCUUUGCUCAAAUCCUUAAUUACUACCGAUCGGGCAAACUUCACUAUCCCACCGACGUCUGUGGUCCACUCUUCGAGGAAGAACUGGAAUUCUGGGGUCUAGAUUCGAACCAGGUUGAACCCUGCUGCUGGAUGACCUACACGCAGCACAGAGACACCAAAGAGACACUGGCUGUUCUGGAUCAGUUGGAUCUGGACACGGAAAAACCCAGUGACGAAGAAAUAGCCAUGAAGUUCGGUAUGGAGGAGGAGUUCAAAGCUGGCACGUUGUCAUGCUGGCAAAAAAUAAAACCUAAGAUGUGGGCUUUGUUCGAUGAACCUUAUUCUUCGACGGCAGCAAAGGUUAUCGGCAUCAUGUCUGUGUUCUUCAUCUGUGUUUCCAUUUUAUCAUUUUGUUUGAAAACUCAUCCUAACAUGCGUGUCCCAGUUAUCCGGAACGUUACUGUCCGGACCUCCCCACCGACAAACAAUUCAAACGCCAGCAUCACGCAUGCGUGGACAUUGGACAAAACGCACACCUAUCCGCACGAUGUGUUCUUCUACAUCGAGUGCGUUUGCAAUGCCUGGUUCACUUUCGAGAUUUCUGUGAGAUUCGUCGCCAGCCCGAGGAAAAGCGAAUUCAUAUGCGGGGCCGUCAAUCUCAUCGACUUCACAGCCACCCUAUCUUUUUACAUCGAUCUUGCCUUGCAGAGGUUUGCAUCCCACUUGGAGAAUGCAGAUAUCCUAGAAUUUUUCAGCAUCAUCCGCAUCAUGAGGCUGUUCAAACUGACGAGGCAUUCAGCCGGACUGAAAAUCCUCAUACAGACAUUCAAAGCCAGUGCCGGGGAGUUAAUCCUCCUCGUCUUCUUCUUGGUCCUCGGCAUUGUCAUUUUCGCUUCGUUGGUCUACUACGCCGAGAGGAUUCAGUACAACCCGACCAACGAUUUCAACAGCAUACCCCUUGGACUAUGGUGGGCACUGGUGACUAUGACCACAGUCGGCUACGGGGAUAUGGUUCCAAAGACUUAUGCCGGUAUGUUCGUGGGCGCACUUUGCGCGCUGGCCGGCGUACUCACCAUAUCAUUACCCGUGCCGGUCAUCGUGUCAAACUUUGCUAUGUUUUAUUCACACACGCAGGCAAGGGCGAAAUUGCCUAAAAAGAGACGGCGUGUUCUACCUGUUGAACAAGUAAGGGGGCAUGUUAUGAGAAGUAAUUUACCCCUUAGAAAUGAAGGACAACAGCCUGCGAGACGAAUAAAUGCACUUAAGCAAAAUUUACCUAAAGAUUUCCUAGGAGGACCUAGAAACGGGGCCAGCAACCGCGAAGAAACAAUACCUAUGUUAAUGUUGAACCACUCUGAUAGCAGGGAAGAUACCUUGCCACGACCAGGGAAUGGAUCUAGGAGUGAUUCUAAUCCUAAAAUAGAAUUAGGCAUGGGAAACACCUCUCCUUCCUCUUCUACAGUAGCUCAGAUACAACCAAAGGAUCAAACGGGAUCAGCCAAUUGUACAAGGCAUCCAAACACUAGCAAUGGCAUCCCGAGUCCUGCUGGAAGCCAAAGACCUGCCUACUCUACUCAACCCGCAGCCCUAAACCUCAUGCAAUUCACGGAGCCAUCGUCUGCAGCUUCAGGUGCAAGCGGGCCAUCUCCACCCAAGACUCCAUCUCCGGCAUCCAUAGCUGCUGCUGAAGCAUGAUCAACAACAACACAUCAACAAAGCCUGCACCGAGCUUCAACCAUAUCAACACUUGGCAACACGAUUUUAUGUGAGAGAACAAAAGUGAAGAAAUGGUGUGUUUGUGUAAUGUUUGGACAAAGUGUGUUGUAAGCUAACAACUCUAUGCCGCUUUGACACGCAUACAGAUAAUUAUAAUCAUGCUUCCAGUAGUACAGUAAAUUGUUUUGAAAAAUGGCAA